GACUAGGAGCUCAAAAGAGGAAGUCGACCCACCAUGACCAAGGCCAACGGACGUAACGCAGCCCGCAAGCUUGUGCGCCUGCGCCGCAAGAACCGCUGGGCUGAUAAAAAGUGGAAGAAAUCGCACUCCUUCGUCGCGCAGAAGGCCAACCCCUUUGGCGGGUCCUCGCACGCAAAGGGUAUUGUGUUAGAGAAGAUCGGUGUUGGGGCUAAGCAGCCUAACUCCGCUAUUCGUAAAUGCGUUCGCGUGCAGCUGAUCAAGAACGACAAGAAGAUCAUUGCCUUCGUGCCCAACGAUGGUUGUCUUCACUUCAUUGAGGACAACGACGAGGUGUUGGUGUCCUUCUUUGGUCGUUCCGGCCAUGCUGUCGGUGAUAUUCCCGGAGUCCGUUUCAAGAUCGUCAAAGUGUCCAGCGUUGGCCUGUAUGCUCUGUACCGUCAGAAGAAGGAGAAGCCACGCACAUAAGCAAUCAAGUGCAAGCGACUUAGCUGAACUUCAACCCUUGCGAUGUGUACGCUAAAUAUUUCUCUCUUAUGAGUAAAAAGUCAUUUUGAUUUUGUAAUUUCUUUGCCUUUUAGCCCUAUAUAUAUAUAUAUAUACUAUGUGAAAAAGGGAAUAGAUGCAAUUCAUCAUUUUCAAUCUCUCGUUACUUAA